UUUUAUUUUAUUUCGACUAAAUCAUGAAUAAGACAAGUAAGACUACUGCAAGCAGCUCUAAGAAAACAUCAAUUUCGAGUGGAAAACCGAAAACUCCACGACGAAAGAAGCCCGGCGCUGUUUCAAGACUUCUCACCACAGAACUACCGCUGAAUUUUCUCUUCAUUUACAUUGUGUUGGCUGCAAUGUUUACCACCCUGAUCUUCUGGUCACUUAAUCCGGUUAAAUUCUAGUGAUAUUAUUUCGUAACAGCUCUCCGGUUCAAAAUAAAUAACAAGACUUA